AACCGACAGCCCGACAGCUCUUAAACCUUCGAUUCUCUUCCCCGGACUCCUUUCCUGCCCUGCAUUUUUGACAAACGAGAUCAAUUGCUGAGCUCUCAUGUCACUGAUCCAGCAUGUUACCCAACAGGAGGGUACCGACCGCGAGGAGGCGCUGGUUGACUUGUUCCUGCCGCCGAUUGACCGCCAGACGAGCCGACAGGACGCUGCGGAACGUCGGCAAUCGUUCGAGAGCGCCAUUUCAGGAGCCGGCUUCAUGAGCAACACAGGCAAGAGCGUGAGGAGAGUCAUCAGCUACGAUAUCAUUCCGAAGCCCGAUGAACCUGUGUCGGGCGAAGAGCCUGGUGGUCUGACGCCCUACAAAGUCUCGACUGCGAAACGUAUCGCACAGGUCAUUGCAACCGUUCUUGCCUGUUGGUUUGCCAGCGGCAUCGUCUUUGGCUUUGCAGCCCUCAAGCCAAUUCUCAUCAAGGAAGGCGUCUUCAGGAAUCUUUGUACCCCCGAUGAGCUCGAUGCAGAUGUCGAAGUGUGUUUCGAGCAGGAUCUCCGCCUGAAUUUCUUCUUUUCCCUGGCUUCCACUACGGCAAAUGUAUCUGCCCUGCCCGUCGGCACCUUGCUCGACCGCUAUGGGCCCAAGAUUUGCUUUCUCCUCGGUUCUUUCUGUCUCGCUCUCGGCAGUAUCCUAAUGAGUCUCGCUUUUCAGAUUGAGACGUUUGACGGAUAUACAAUUGGAAACUUCUUCCUCGCCUUGGGAGGCACCUUUGUCUUCCUUCCUUCGUUCCAGAUUGCUAAUGCCUUUCCCAAGUACGGUGGCAGCAUCGUCGCGCUCGUUACUGGCGCCUUUGAUGCCUCUGCUGCUGUUUUUCUCUUUUACAGGCUCAUGUACGAUGCUAGCGACAGGACAUUCAAGCCACAGACGUUCUUCCUCGUCUAUCUCAUUGUUCCAGCCGCAAUCGUGGUUGCGCAACUCACGUUUUUGCCGACCGAGAACUACAAGACUGAAGCACAACUUGAGAUGAAGAUCCAUAAAGCUGUAGACCCGAUGCGCGACGUGCAUUCUUCCGAUGACGAGUUGCCAGACAAUGAAAUCUGGAAGCGCCGAAAGGCCCGUAGCUCGCGCCGCAGGGAGCGAUUGAGCAAGCUUGACGAAUUGAUUGGCGACGAAGCGUGGCGAAAGAUGAAGGAGGAAAAGGAAGAGCAAAGACUCGAAGCGUCUGGUGUUUGGGGAGCGCUGCACAACAAGUCGGCCAAAGAUCAGAUGUUGACGCCCUGGUUCAUACUGCUCACACUUCUGACUGUCCUCCAGAUGGUGCGCAUGAACUACUUCAUCGCAACUAUUCGCGAGCAGUACACUUAUAUGCUUGGGUCAGUCGAGCUCGCCGAAAAGGUCAACGCCUUGUUUGACGUAGCUCUACCCCUCGCUGGUGUUGUUGCCACCCCAUUCCUCGGUGCUCUCCUCGACAACGUCAGCACAGCCGGUGUUCUCUUACUUCUCGUCAUCAUCAUUACCGCGAUUGGUAUCUUCGGUUCAAUCUGCGCCCUCUGGGCCGGCUACGUCAGGGUCAUUCUCUUCGUUUUCAUGCGCCCUCUCUACUAUUCCGCCAUGUCCGACUACGCCACCAAGGUCUUUGGCUUUGCCACCUUUGGCCGCGUCUACGGCACAAUCAUCUGCGUCUCCGGAAUGGUCAACCUCUCGCAAACGGGUAUCGACGCAUUGACUAAGGGUCUAUUCGAAGGCAACCCAAUCCCCGUGAACAUUUUCCUAGCAGCCUCUGCCUUCAUCGUUGGCUCCGCACUGGUGACGUACGUGACUGUGCAAGUCUACCGCAUGCGCAAGAAGCUAGACGAAGAAGACGCAAUUACCGUUACGAACACAGAUGUCGGAUCCAUCAUGGAAAGCCUACUCGAAGAAGACGAGCCACUUAGUUAUGGUACUUUGAACCGCCAGCGCCAGCCUUGGGAGGUUUAA